CAACAAUCAGGCGACACACCACCUUCGGUGUAUGGGGGCGGUCGCUCUUACCCGAUAUACGAGUGCCCAUUGACGAGUGCCGGCACGGCAGCAACUACGCUAUGUCGAAACCUAUUGACUAUUCCAAGUGGAACCAUCUGGAUGACAGCAGCGAUGACGAGGAUCAAACUUGCCAACCGACGUCCAAGACGCCAGGCAAGACGCCAGGCAGUCUGUCUGCCACUCACGUCGCCCAAUGGACUCCCGGCGACGAAUCACAGCCAACACGGCCCUCCACCAGCACCAUAUGCGGCCCUCCCGACACUCUCUGUCCCCCCGCGGCUCCCAGACUGACAGUCAUCAGCCUCCGGCGUGCGCCACAGACCGUCGCGGCGUCCCGAAAGGCCAAGAAGGGCAAGACGCAUUGCGGCGUACAAAUGCCGAUCACGUUCGAGGAGAUGCCCGGGUGGAUGGUGCGGAAGGAUCCCGUCGCCCCUGACGCAAGUGUCGAGGUCGAGAAGUGCAUCGUGUGCCGCAAGCUGCCGCCGGCUGGGAGGGAGCACUUCAUGGUGUGCAGCCGCUGUGUCCGGGAGGUCAGUCCGCAUUACUGCGGCCAGGCGUGUUUGCGGCAGCACUUCGGCAGGGGACAGCACCUGCAGCACUUCUGCGAGACUGGGCGGUAUCUGUACGACUCCAUCCCUCUCCGUGGCAACUCGGCGGCCGUCAAGUAUGUGCUGGGGUGGAUGGACGAGGACACCUACAUGAAGCUGCAGCGGCGGAAGCAGAAGGCGAUUCUUGCCGAGAUCGACAGCAACGGGGAGGCGGUGGUGAAGCUGACGGUGUGCGUCGAGAGCUACGGGACGAGCCGCGUCUACUGCGUCGUCUCGCUGACCAACGAGUCCCUCCCCGGACACGAAGACCGGACGCCGCCGCCUGACACGGGAGGGAUGGUGUAUCGCGAGCAUGGCACCGUCAUCUACUCGUCGUUCAUCGUGGCCCCCGUCUCCACCGGUGGGCUGCUCCAUCUGCAGCAGCUGAGCCCCGAGAUGCGCGAGGUGAUGCACGUCAAGGGCGUGGACGUGAUGCAGAAGACGACUUAUGACCUGCUGAGCAGACAGCCGCCGCUCUUCCCCGCGCCAUUGAUCUGUGACACGGUCGACUCGGCCUUCUGGAGGGGGGAGAAAUGCGCCCUGUCUGUGGAUGGAGAGGUCUUCCACUGGUACUUCCUGCCGCACGACGCACAUGUGAGCGACACAUGGGGAAGGAGAGAAACACAGACGGAUGGGAUUGAUUGCUGCAUGUGGUGUGUGCAGGUGCUCACCACGUCGCUGAGGGACGCUGCAGGCCAGCUGUUUGGGCCGGUGGGGGAGGAAAGGAUGACUGAGCUGCUUGCUGGCACAGCCGCCGCAAUGUGCAAGCGGCUCAUGGGCGUCAAGGCGUUCCUGAGUCGCGAGGAGUGGCGCAAGGCCAUCGUGCAGGAGAUCACCCAGAGGGCGGGCCUGCAUGCCCUCUUCACACGGCUGUGCGGCCAACGCGCCACACAGGUGAGAUCAGAGGAACAACACGAAGACACAGCACACAGUCACCUGUGGCUGAGUGAACUCAUCUCUCCCUCUCUCUCUGUGUGUGCAGAGGGAUGUGUCGGUGGUCAGCGUCAAGACUGAGUACAUCGAGACCGUACUCAGCCACAUCGACGCCUUCCGCAAACAACUGGUCGACUAUGCGAGAGACCUCAGGAGCCUCAUCGGCACGGGCAACUCGCUCGCCGAGUUUGCCGACAUGACCGCCGCCCAGAUGCGGCAGAUCGAGGAGGAGCUCUCGCGUGUAAGCUUUCCCCCUGCUAUGGAGGAGAGAGUGGCCCGACACCGACAGCCGCUGCGCGACCCCUCGGUGCGCGAGAGGGUGGAGGGUGGGGUGGUGACGCUGGCGGAUGGGAAACGAGUGACGGAGGCUGACCUGGCGCUGAGCGUACAUGGGCUCAUCUGAUCUCAUCGGUGAUCGUCUGAUGGUAUUUUUAUCCAUCUCUGUGGUUCGUGUGUGCACUGUCCUGCCGUGUCGUUUGUCGUCUGGUCUGCCUGGUGAUCUUUAUUUAUCGUCGCCAAUUGUCUGUGUGGCGUGAUAUGAUGAGCGACUGGCGCGAGACGGUUUAUGUGUUCGUGGAGCCGAGCAAAUGGAAGACACGAUGUGUAUUUGACAUAAAUUGAUC